UUUUUUAUUUUAAAUUCAAAAUUGCAAAGAGUGGUAUAUAAAUUGCUGAAAAGACUAUCAGAAUAUUGUAAUUAACCAAAGAGUUCCGUCGUGGUGGAUUUACAGUUAGAGAUAUUUCAAGUCAUUAAUUUCCUUGUAAUUUAUCUUAAAAAAUAAUAAUAAUACAAAAAAAAAAGGUGAUUUAAUUCCUUUUAGACUUAUCCGUAAAAGGACGAUAAAUCGAAUGCAGAAAGCAUGAGAAAUCUGGCCGCCAGACAUUUUGCCUGCUACCAGUACACCUACGCCCCUCUCUCUCUCUCUCUCUCUCUCUCAUAUCGGUGAUGCUUAUAUAUAUAUGCAAUGUAAACCCUAGUUAGUUAUCGUAUGGUUUUUCAUGAGACUCUUCUUUCCUCUAACUAUUUAAUUUAAUUCCCCUCCCUAAAUUAAUUCGGCAAUUUUCAUUUCUCUCAGUGCAAGUUAAAUUAGACGAAGAAUUGUACAAAAUGCAGGUGGCGAAGGACUUACCGGUGGUAGCUGUCAGGGUGGACGGCGGCGGAGGAGAGACGCCGGCGAUGAAUAUGCAGGCGGCGUACGAGAAGGUGAGCGUUCUGGUCUCCGGCAACGCGGUGGUCGUGUUCACUAUAAGCGGCUGCUGCAUGUGCCACGUGGUGAAGCAGCUCCUCUUCGGUCUGGGCGUAGGCCCCACCGUCGUGGAGCUCGACCGCUGCGCCUCCGGCAGCGAUAUCCACGCACUCCUCGUCCGAUUGUCCGGCGGCGGAGGCAAGCCGCGGCAGCAGGUGGUGCCGGCGGUGUUCGUCGGAGGAAAGUUUUUGGGCGGCAUCGAAACAGUUAUGGCCUGCCACAUCAACGGCACUCUCGUCCCUCUGCUCAAAGACGCCGGAGCACUCUGGCUUUAAUUUUACGCUUAUUAAUAAUUAUUACAUAUUUAAUUUUCCAAAUAAUAUUAUUAAAUUAUUAACCCUAACUUUAGUUUUAAUUAUGUAUAUUGUGGGACUGAAUCUAUGAUUCUGUUCUCCAUUGUUAUGACAUCAGCUUAUAUUAAUUAAUAUAAUUAUGGUUUUGUG